AUGGAGGAAUGCUUGCUUAAGAAUGAUCUUCAUGAAAUUGGGUACAUUGGUCCUAAAUUUACUUGGUACAAUAAUAAAGUUGGAAGUGCUAGAAUCCUUGAAAGAUUGGAUAGGUGUUUUGUAAACACCAUGGCUUUAAAUUCUCCAUUUAAAUUGAUAGAAAGGCACUUGGAUAGAAUAGCCUCGGAUCAUUGUCCAAUCCUCUUACAAUUCAAAAACUUCAAUACAAAUCCUAGAAAGAUGAUCAAAUUUGAAAAUUGUUGGGCUUGUUAUCAAGCAUCAUAUGGGAUAGUAAGGAAGGAAUGGGACAAAAAUUAUCAAGGAAGCUUCUCUGAAGUCCUCAACAAAAAAUUUCAAAGGACUUUAAAGUCCUUAUUCUUUUGGAGCAAAGCAAAACACAAAGAGCUGAACAAUUUGAAAGAAGUUCUCAUCCAGGAAAUCACGGAAAUACAAUGCAAAGAGACUUCUAUUGGAAGUCUACCGGAGCAAGAACAAUGGAAUCUCAAAACUAAAGUGAUGGAACUUAAUGCUACUAUGGCAAGGCUUAACAUGUGGUGGAAACAAAGGGCCAAAGUCAAAUGGUUAAGUGAAGGAGAUGGAAAUUCAAAGUUCUUCCAUACUUAUGCUAGUGCAAGAAGGAAUGCUAACAAAAUUAUCAAAAUCAAAGAUGAAGAUGGAAUGGUUAUAGAAGAUCAAAGCUUAAUAGAGGAAGUCUUUAUUCGGUUCUUUCAAAAAAAGUGGGAAGCUAGAAGAAGCAACUUGGAAGGUUGGCCAACUAAUUAUAAUUCCUUGAAUUCUUGUGAAAGAAACAUGUUGGAAGCUGAUUUAUCCAUGAAUGAAAUUGAAGAAGUGGUGCAACAUCUAGAAGGGAACAUUUCUCCGGGCAAUGAUGGAAUCAAUCAUACUUUUAUAAAAGUAUAUUGGGAAUUUAUUAAAGAUGAUUUUUGUAAAGCUAUAAAAUUCUUUUUUAGCUAUGGAGAGCUAGAUAAGGCUUGGAAAGAAACACUUAUUGUUCUUAUUCCUAAGAUUACUAAUCCCAUUAUUCCUUAA